GGUAUUUUAGGUGGUUCAGCCGGGGUGAGCCGUGCCCUCGCCCACACAUCUUCCCCCAGCCAAUCACGAGAUUCAAGAGGAGGAGACGGCAGUGCCUUGGAGAAUGGGCUCGGACCCCGUAGAGGAGCACGGGUGACAGGGAUGGAAAACUGGGAGAUGAUGUACAGAGACUCAGGGAACGCCUAUUACAAUGACCAUCAUCUAAAGCCAUCCUCUUGGCCUAAUCGCCCAGCUCACAGCAGAGAGAAUGUCUGUAUGACUGAAUUGGCAGAGUUUACAGACCAGCCGAGUGAGCUGAAAGGCUUCUAUGUUCACACUCAUCUGGUUAAGGGUUCACGGGGUUUCGGCUUCAACAUAGUGGGAGGCAGCAGGCGGAGGGAGUUCCUGCAGAUCUACAGCAUCAUUCCCGGAGGACCUUCCACCCUUCACAUAGGCUGCUGCUGCUCUCUCUCUCUCUCUUGUGAUUGUGUGAUUCUGCUGAACGAGUGUCUCGAUCUCCCUCUAUUCCUAAUGGCCUGCAUGGAGUAAUCCAGCUAUCACUGUGUGCCGACACACACAUUUAUUAGAAAAAUGUGACAUUAUGAACACUCUCUCUCACUUCACUAUGACAUGCAUACUAACAUACAACUGCAUGCAUCUAUGAGCUCUUUUUGCUCAUUUAUGAAUACACACCAUUCAGAUUCACAGUGCAUUAUUAGAUCAGUGCAUUUUGCAUGAUAAUAAAGCAGUUGAGAGAAAAGAUCACCCACAAGGACAUAGAAAUAUUUAUAUUUAAACUUACACACACACACACACAC